AUGUCGGCCAAGCCCACGACCAAGCAGUUCGGGAAGUCGACCCGGGAGGUUCCCGCCUCCGCCGACCAGGCCAAGAAGUGGUAUCCCGCCGACGACGACAGCGCGCCCAAGAAGGUUCGCAAGGCUGUCCGAUCUUGGGCUCCCCGAAAGACUCUCCAGCCCGGUACCGUCCUGAUCCUCCUCGCCGGCCGCUUCCGUGGCAAGCGCGUCGUCCUCCUCAAGAACCUCGACCAGGGUGUUCUUCUCGUCACCGGCCCCUUCAAGAUCAACGGUGUUCCUCUGCGAAGAGUCAACGCCCGAUACGUCAUCGCCACCUCAUACAAGGUCGACAUCUCCGGCCUGGACGCUGCCAAGAUCGAGGAGAUCUCUCAGCCCAAGUACUUCACCGCUGAGAAGGCCAAGGAGAAGGCCUCCGCCGAGGCUUUCUUCAAGCAGGGAGAGAAGCCCCAGAAGAAGGAGAUCAACAGCAGCCGUGCUGCUGACCAGAAGGCUGUCGACAAGGCUCUGCUUGCCAGCAUCAAGAAGGUGGAUCUGUUGGCCAGCUACCUCGCCAGCACCUUCAGCCUGCGGAAGGGCGACAAGCCCCACGAGAUGGCGUGGUAG